UUCUUGUAUCGUCCAUUAAGUAUUUAUAUCAUGAUUCUUUCUGCCCAAAUGAAUACCUUGGGCUGCAUAAACGUGUUGUACAAAGGCUCAGUAAUUGACAUAUUAUUAAAACCCCAACACCCUUGCGAUAGGCCAUGCGAUGAUGAACCUAUGGAAUGUCAUUACGAUUUUCAAGUAACAUUCUCGAGAUCCAUGUUAAAACCUCAAUGCGGAAAUUGUCCGGAAAUACUUGGUGACUGCUAUUUGCCGGGGUGCAUCCCGGUAGAUGGGAAUUCCAGAUCUAUUUUCUUAGUGAAUGAAAUGUUGCCAGGGCCAGAUAUUCGAGUAUGCGAGAACGACAUAGUGAUAGUAAACGUGACCAACAACCUAUUGAGCGGGGAAUCUUUAGCCAUUCAUUGGCAUGGUUUACACCACAAAAAAACGCCUUUCAUGGAUGGUGUGCCAUUUAUUACCCAGUGCUUAAUAAAUCACGGAACAACUUUCCGUUACAAAUUCAUAGCUCAUCCGCCCGGCACUAGAUUCUGGCAUGCCCAUGUGUCUUUUUUGAGAGAUAACGGUGUGGCUGGAUCUUUUGUAAUUCGCACAAAGCAUUACAGCUCGGAUCCUAAUCAUGUCCCACACCAACACGAUUUGAACAAGGUGGCCUUCAUACAGGAUUGGUCUCCGAGAUUCAGGGCAGCGCUUUUCUUACCUGACACAGAGGGCACACCUCCUCAAAGUAUCCUAGUCAAUGGUAGAAGCGGAGAUUUUGAUCAUUCUCCACCUGCUUACUUCUUAUAUAAACCGGUUGGUCAAAAACUGUAUUUGAGAUUGGUGAGCAACGGAUUCCUUUUUUGUCCCAUCUCUCUCAGUAUCCGUAAUCAUAAACUAAAAGUAGUUCAAGCCGAUGGAUUUCCUAUCAGUUCAGUAGUGGUCGACAAGCUGUAUUUAUUUGCAGCCGAAACGUAUGACGUAUUGAUAGAACCUAUUGAUCGUAGCGAGAUAUCAAAUGUUUGGGACUAUGAGUACCUGGCUUUUGAAAUGAACUGGGAAGGUGAUGGAGAGUGUUAUAUCGAAAAAGGUGCCACUUAUAGGGCUAGAGCAAAAUCGUACCUUGUAUAUACUCUAUCACAGAAGGUGAUCCUCUCGGGGCUGAUGAAUUGCAUCAAAGAGGCGGCCGUUAAGGCUCUAGAUGAUGGUUUCACAUCUUAUCUCGCUGAUUUAUGGAAAGUAUACAACCCAGCUCAUCUUCUUGAUUUUUCUACGAAUCCUGCUUACAUCAAAACUAGCGAUUUGAGAUCUUUGUCCUUAUCCGACCAAGAAUCUAUUGAAUCGGUGGACUCGAAAUUCUAUUUUUUCGCUGAUAGCUUUGUCGGCAAUGGUUUCCCCAAUAUUAACAAUAUAUCAUUCGCUCAGCCAUCAUCCCCUCUCCUUACCCAAUUCCAUGAUGUACCUAAAGAAGAUUUUUGCACUAUUGAAGAUAGACCAGAAUGUUCUCGCCAAUUCUGCCAAUGUAUCAACAUGUACCGAAUCAAAUUGGGUAGCGUCGUCGAAUUUAUCCUAAUAGAUGAAGGCAAUAAUGGUAGAUACGAUAUACACUCUUUUCAUCUUCAUGGCCACACAUUUAGAGUAUUGGCUCAGGAGAAGGUAGGAAUUUCUACUACACUCGAGGAAAUAAAGCAAUUAGAUGUUUCGGGUUCUUUAAAACGCAAUCUUUACAAUCCAGUUUACAAAAACAUUCUGGCAGUACCUCAAGGAGGUUAUGGAAUUAUUCGAUUUGUCGCUGACAAUCCAGGGUUUUGGUUAUUACAUUGCCAUUUAUCGUUUCAUUUACUGGGAGGAAUGAAUGUCGUUUUGUGGGUUGGAGAAUUGAAUGAUAUUGUAGAGCCACCGCCCAACUUCCCUAGAUGCGGGUCAUAUACAGAUGAUUUUAAUUUAUAAAUAAUUCAUCCCAAAAUUUUUGUAAAAUUAUAUACUAUAUAAAUAUAUAUUAUUAAGAUUUUGAUAAAAUAAUAUCAUUUUAAUAUAUAAUGUGAUAUUCAUUGUUCAAUAUAGCAAUGCAAGUAAACCGAUCUCUUAAUUUUUUUUUUUUAAUUUAAUUUUUGUUCAGUUAAUUGGUUUGAAAUUUAUAUAUAUAUGUGCGUUAUAUUUUUAUAAUCGCCAAUUGUUCUUUAUAGGACCUUUGUUUUAAAUUC